AUGGAUACAAGUGAUUCUUCAGAUGAUGAAAAAGGUUCAGCUGGAGGCAAAACACCAAAAUUAAAAAUUGUUGAUGAAGCUGAAAAUGAUGAACAUUCUUCAGCUGAAGAAAAAGAAAUCAAAGAACCAGUUAAAGUUUCAACUAAAAGGAAUCGAAAGAAAAAAUCUAACACUAAACGCAAACAAAAUCGACCAAACCCAAGAAAUCCCAGUGGAAAACCGCGAAAAAAAGCUACCCCUACAGGACUAAAUGGAAACUAUUGGAAUGUCGUUCAAUAUGAUCGUCAUGCUCAAACAACUACGUUUGGUAACGUUCAAAUCGAUAAUGAUGAUGAUGAAGACGACAAUCAUGAUAGCGAUGAUACAGUGUCAUUAUCUGAAAAAGUAUCCGAAGAAAAACUUCGAGCAAUAUUAACAUCUACAUCAUCGUCAUCAUCAUCGUCAGCUGAUUUACGGACACUUCUAUAUUCUAAUAGAACAUUUAUAACAUGUCGAAGUCCUGAAGAUUCAUUUUUUCUUUGUCAAGUUUUACAAGAUGUUUAUAAUGAUACGAGAAAAAUUCGUAUCCGUUGGUGUUCAUUAGUUGAUGAAAAUGGAGAUGAAACCAAGGUUGAUGAAAAUACUCGUUUUAAAUUAGAUUAUGAAGACACACUUGAUCCAAAUACUGUAUUAACUGGUAUAGGAAAUAUCGUUCGUCAUUCUGAUACGGCAAUAUCAUUAAAAAAACAAGAUAUUAUUGAAACAAAGCGUUUGUUGGAAAAAUCAAUUAAAGGUGAAGCAAUAUCAUCUGAUGAACCGAUGGAUUUAACAAAAGAAAUUAAUAAUACAGUACCUGAGAAAAUUGAAUCCGAAUCAAGUAUUGAUAAAAUUUUACCGCUCAAAACAGCACCGAAAAAACGAAAAAUCUCUCCGGAAAAUUCACGUAAACAACCGCUAAAAAAACGAAUAAGAAAUAUCAGUGGCGAAGCUGCUUCUGUCAAAAAACGACGACGAACAAAAGAUAACAAUGAUGUAACCGAACGUGAGAAGCCGACCAAAAAGACAGCAACUAAACCUAUCGCAACAACAAAAGCACAGUUAUUUAAAGUACAAAGCAAUCGUUUACUCAAGGAAAAUUUAACAAUAACAAACUAUCGAAAAGAUCCGUUUUUUGAAGAUAGUUUAUCAAUUCCUUUUAUUUCUUCCAUUGUUCAAAGUAAAUUAGCUAUCCGAGCUGUACUAAUUAAUGAUUCAAAACUAUUAAAAUCAUUAAUCGAUGAUGUUGAUCAUGUUUGUUCGGUGCAUGUAGCACGUGGUCUCCAGAAUGAUUUAACAGCUAUUCAUUAUGCAAUUAAAAAUGAUAAUAUUGAAAUGCUCCAAAUUUUAAUUGAAGAUUUACAAAAGCCGAAAAAAGAUCGAUGUCCUUUUCCCGUGGUUGCAAUAGCAACGCAAAGUACUGGAAGUAUGAACAUUCGUACAAGAGGUUUGCGAACUGCAAAAAUAAUGGCAGCUCGAAAUGUUAAAGAAGGAAAUAAUGCAUUGAAUAAAGAUCAAAUGAGAGCAUUCAUCACAUGUAAUGAUUAUGGAAUUAUGGAAUAUGCAGUAACAAAUAAUUGCUCACCAGAAAUCUAUGAUUUUCUUCUCAAGGCAUUUCCUCGUGCACAAAAUCACGUGUAUGAGAAAAUUUUUCACAUUGUUCGAUCUGGUUAUCGAAAAUUAGCUGCACGUAUUAUAGGCGAUAUAAAAGACAAUGGUUUUUAUGGAUUUAAUAAUCUUCAUCAUCAAGUUUUACUCUUCAAUAAUGAAGAUUUAACUAUAAAACGUGCAGCAAGCGUGGUCAAAAAAGCCAAAGAUAAUUGUCAAUUAACACCUAUACAUUGCGCAGCCAUUAAUCCAAAUUCAAAAUAUUUAAAACAAUUAUUAAAUAUUAUGCCUGAAUAUAAUAUUCUUGAUAAAUAUGAAAGACGACCAAUACAUUUUGCUGCUGCAUGCGAAGGACCAGAACCACUUGAAUAUCUUUUAUCAAAACAAGUUAAUUUUAAUGAUGUUGAUCGUGGCGGUAAUUCUCCUUUACAUGUUGCUGUUAUGAAUGGUCGAGCAAUCAAUGCUGAGAUAUUUUUACGUACAGCAAAAGAAAAAGCUGAAUCAAAUGAUGCAGAGGAUCAAAUAGUUCAUCAAACAUUCGGUCUUGCAUCCAUUAAUCGUAUGAACAAAUCACGAUUUUAUCCACUUCAUCUUGCUGUACUCAAUAAUCAUUUGGAAUGCGUCAAAGUUUUACUGGAAUUCGGUGCUAAUGUUGAUGUAGUAACAAGUACAUCAUCGGGAAAAUUAACAUCGCUUAUGCUAGCUUGUCAGAAAGGUCAUUUCAAUAUAGUUAAAUAUCUGAUAGAAAAUGGUGCCAAAGUUGAAGCCCGUGAUCGUUUUAAACGAACACCUCUUAUUCAUGCAUGUAUGUGUGGUAAUGCUCAUAUUGUUUCGUAUCUAUUACGUAUGGGUGCCAAUGCCAACGUUCAUGAUUCAUCAUUGAACACAGCAUUACAUUAUGCUAUUGCUUAUGGAUGGUAUUUUUGUGUUCGUUUGUUGAUUGAAGCUGGAGCAAAUAUUAAUCGUGUUAAUUUGUGGCAAACAAGUUGUUUAGGAGCUGGAUUUUUAAAGGGACAUUAUGGACUUUGUGAUUAUCUUCUUACCGAACAUCAUGUCGAUAUUAAUUUUAAAACUGAGGAUGGUCUAACAUUAGUUAUGUUAACCGUAGGGUUAGCAGUAUCUCCAUCGUCAGAACAGCAACUAAAUUAUGUUGCAGCAAAACAUAAAGCUGAUUGUGCAUGUGUUGAUGCAACUGGAAAUAAUGCAUUUCAUUACUUAGCACGUAAUACAUCAGGCCAACAAUCAAACUAUCUGAGUGUUGCAGCUAAGAAAAGUCUUCGCGAUAAUUUUUUUCAAAUGGCUGAAAUACUUUUGAAUAAUAAAUGUGAUCCUAAUAAAAUGAAUAACCAAGCUCAAUCACCUUUAAUGAUCGCACUUGAAUCGGGCAAUUUUAUUCUUGUUGAUUAUUUAAUCAAUAUGGCUAGAGUAGAAAUUAAUGCGGAUACAAGUCAUGAUGGCAAAACUUUAUUACAUUAUUUUGCAAUUCAAUGUGAUGAAUACGAUCUUGUUCAAGCAUUAACUAAACUCCCCAUCAAUGAUAAGAUUAAAAAAAUGGGUCGAAUGUUUGAUAGUAAAGGUCGAACACCAUUACAUUAUUGUACUUCGAAAUUCAAUCAAUUUUGUCAAGCAAACAAAUCAACAUUAGCUUCCGAAAAAUUAAAACAACAAUAUGGAUCGAUUGUUGAAAUGAUUGAGUAUUGUCUUGAAUCUGUUCAAUGUGAUUCUGAUGCUGAAGUUAAAGAAACCAAUGAAUUGAAUAAGGCUGCUGAAAUCGAACAAAAUCUGGAAGAUGAAAAUGACAACGAUGACCAAUCAAAUAAAAAUAUGCAACCUAUCGAAGAUACAUGCAAAGAAGAAACAAUUUCAAAACCUAAAGAAACAAGUAUUUUUUCUUUGUUACGAUCUGUUCCAUUCGCUGAUACUAAUAUGAAACAUCCACUGGAAAUUUUUCUUAAAAAAACAAAAAAUCUCAAUAUUCUUCAUCAUGAAACACAACGAACACCUUUACUUGAAGCUAUUUUUCUUCAGGAAUAUCAAACAGUAAAAAUGCUCUUGAAUGAAACUUCAUGUGAUAUUAAUUUGGCAACAUCAAUAGUCGAAGAAGAACGUCAACAAACGCCAUUGAUAUUAUCAUGUAGAUUACAAUUAUUAACAAUUAUAAGAGAACUAUUAAAUCAUAAACAAUGUGAUUUAUCAACACGUGAUUAUCGACAUAAUCAAGCAAUACAUCAUUAUUUAUCAACAUCAAAUCGUUCAAGUCAAUAUUUAGAUCUAUUAAAUUUAUUGAUCGAAAAACAUAAAUUAGCAAAUAAUAAUUUAAAUAGUCAAGGAGCAUCUGAAUGUACACCAUUACAUUUAGCUGUUUAUCAUAAUUCAGGUGCAAUUGAUUCAACAAUUGAUGUUGAACAAAUUUUAAUUGAUAAUGGUUGCGAUUUAUUUAUCAAAGAUAAAUCAGGAAAUAUACCAUUACAUAAUGUUUUCGUUGAUAAAAAUGUUGGCGAUGAUCCUGUCGAACUGUGUGUUUUGAUUUUGAAAGCGAUGAAAUAUAAAUCACUCGAUACAGAAAAUAAUGAAGGAAAUACACCAUUACAUUUAGCCGUUAUUAAAUGUUCGAAUGUUUGUGUGAUGCUUUUACAACAACAUUCUGCUAGUUUAUUUAUUGAAAAUAAACUGUCGAAUUCAAUUAUUGGCACUUGUAUUGAAUGCGGUCAUCUCAAUUUGUUUAUUGCUUUUCUUCAACAAUCUAUUGAUAUUGAUCUCGGAAAAUUAUACAGUGUACCUGUGAAAAAUUCAUCGCCGAAACUGAUCACAGACACAUCAAAAAAACAUCAUACGGAUAUUUGGCAAUGGAAAUAUGUUGAUGUAAAAAUUGAUAAACAAUAUGCACAAUAUUCAUUAAUCUAUUUGAUCAUUAAACGUGAUUGGCAAGGUGCAUUAUCAUUAGUAUUAAAUGAACCUGAUCGUUUUCAUUUAAGUAUAAUACGAAUUAUUGAAGCAGCCAUUUUAAAUAAUAAAUUAAAUCUUGUUCUUCGUCUUCUAUUGCGUACAAAAGACAAAAGUAUUUUACGGGAGAAAAAUUCUCAGGAACAAAAUCUAUUUCAUUUAUUAGCGAAUAUGAAUCAAUACGAUAAAAAUUUACUACAACAAAUUCUUUUACACAUUCACGAGUGCAAUUUAGAGUGGAAUCUAGCAGAUAAACAUGGCUCAUAUCCGAUUCAUUAUGCGUGUGUAAAACAAAAUUUUAGUUUUAUUAAUUUCUUGCGUGAGAAAUAUUCUAUUGACUUUAAUUUAAAUCAAACCGAUUCAUUUGAAAAUACAUCGAUCAGUUUAUUAUUUUGGAAUAUAGCAUCGGAUAAAUCAUUUAACAACAAGGAAAUUAGUUCAUUAAUAACAUCUGGUAAACAAUUAGAUUGUCUAUGCAAUUAUGACAAUGGAAUCGCAAUGAAUCCAUUAUCAUUUGGUUAUGUAAAUCCAUCGAUUGAAAAAGCUAUUUAUCCACCGGAAAAAUCCGAUAAUGCCUCAGCAAAUGUACGAACAUCACCAUUAAUUAAUGCAGUUAUUCAUAGUAAUUUUCCAUUGGUCAAAUUUUUACUUCAACUUGGUGCAGAUGUUAAUUUUCCUGAUGAAGAGAAACGAACGCCUCUUAUGCAUGCUGUUCGUCAGAACAAUAUUGAAAUCGUUAAAUUACUUCUCAACAAAGACUACAAUCUUCCCACUGAAAAUGAUCAAGCAUCAACAGCUCCGUUUCGUGCUGGUAGAAAAGGUCUUCGAGCAACAUCAAAGCCUCAAGCGUUCUUUCUUGGCAUAACAACGACCUCUGCUACUACUACUACUACUACUACAAAUGAAAUAUCUAAUAAUGAUGAUACUGAAAUCGAUAAAUUUCAAGUAACAUCAUCAAUCGAUUUGAAUGCAAGUGAUUCUCUUGGUCGUACGUGUAUUCAUCAUUUAGUUCAACCAUUUCCUGAUGGUUCUUAUACAAGUAAUAUUGAAUUACUUCGACUACUUCAUACGUCAGGUGCAUCAUUAACAAAACAUGAUCUUGCUGGUUUAUCACCAUUACAGUAUGGUGCUAUCAAUGGUUGUCAACAUCUAUGUGAUGAACUAACAAAAUUAGCCAGUGAUGAAAGCGAUUCUACUCAAGCAACAAUUGAACGUUUCUAUAUAAAUGAUCCAAACAAAAAUCUUUUAGAUCGUCAAGAUUUCUACUCCGAUGCUCAACAAUUCAUCGAUAAAUAUCUAUCAAAACAUUCAUCACAGAUACAAAAUAAUGCAUACGACGUUGAUAGUUUAUCUGGUAUGACUAUAACAGGUCAGGUUCUCACUGAUACCGAUAAAAAUGAACCGUUUGAUGCACGUCUAACAAAAGUUGAUGUUAACUAUGGUGUAGAUGGUUUAUAUAAUUUCUAUCGUAUGCAAAUUAUUAAACAUAGAAGUAAAAAUGAUCUAUAUUUUCUUUUUACACGUUGGGGACGCAUUGGUGACGAUGGUCAAUAUCAAUUAACUCCCUUUUCAACGUUAGAUGAAUGUCGAAAAGAAUUCUUAAAAGUAUUUCGUGAGAAAACUGGUAAUGUUUGGAAAGAUACAGAUCAAUUUGAAAUAAAACCUAAAAGAUAUGCAUUAAUUAAAUUAAAUGACCAUCAAAAAUACAAACAUUCGAAUGUACCAAUCGAUUUUAAACGUUUACAAUCUGAACAAGCACAUCCAUCAUCAAAACUUCAAUCAUCUGUAUUUAAAAAUUUUCUUAAAACUUUAAUUAAUUGUCAAGCUAUUCGAACGAAUAUUGAUAAAACGCAAUUAGAUAUUGAAUGGAUGCCGGUAUCACAACUAAAUCGUGUAACAUUACAAAAAGCACGUGAUUUAUUAGUACAAAUUAAACGAGCUCUUGAUAAAAAACAAGAGUUAAAUUUAGAUGCUCAAAAAUCAAAAACUACUGAACAACAAAAUGAAUUGAAAUCAGUUUUAGAAUCAAUUUAUAAAUAUACAAAUGAAUAUUAUACAAUAAUACCAUUACGUGGUUUUGCUGAUGGGAAAUUACCGAUUAUUGAUAAGGAAGCUUUAGUUAAAAAACAAGAAAAAAUUAUUGAUGAUUUAAUUGAACUUGAAUUGUCAUAUAAAAUAUUCUUAGGAGCGCAAGCUAAUUUAAAAAAUAUUUCACCCUUAGAUUAUUUCUAUAAAUCAAUGAACUGUCAAUUUGAAUCUAUGAAUAAAGAUGAUAUUGAUUCACAAUUAAUUUUACGUUACAUAUGGGCUAGUGCGUCAGGAACAAAAGUUGAGCAAAUAUUUAAAAUUGCGCGAUCACAUGAGGAUGAACGAUUAUUUAAGUCGAAUCUUGAUAAUCAUUGUUUAUUAUGGCAUGGCACUAGUGUUUGCAAUCUAAUUAGUAUACUUAAUAGAGGACUUCUUGUUGAACCUAUGGCUGCAACAACGACAGGAAGUUUGUUUGGAAAGGGCAUUUACACAGCAGAUACAUUUGCUAAAAGUCUUGGCUAUUGCUCAGGUAUAACACAAACUGAUGGUCAACAUUGUUUUAUGAUAUUAUGUGAAGUUGCUUUGGGUAAAAUAAAAGAAGUAGGUUUAAACAAAAAUGACGACGAUGACAAUGCAAAGCAACUUGAUUUGAAUCGAUUCCAAAGCCGUAAAGGUGUUGGUCGAAAUAUACCAGAUCCACGAUAUACAAUUACUCGAAACUAUGGAGUGCGCAUGCCGCUUGGUCAAUUAAUAGCUAAUCCGGAUUUGAAAAAAGGCUAUUGUAGUCUUAAUUAUAAUGAAUAUAUUGUCUACGAUGAAUUACAAAUAGCUUUACGUUAUCUAGUACAAUUUCGUCGUUAA